AUGGAUUCUCGACGGAAGGAGUCCGAGCGCUGCCGGGCACAGGCCUCCUCUGGGGAGCGACGGAGCGCAAGCCGGACAACCAUCUCCUCCUCGGAGCCUUGUGGGAUGAGCUCAGGGUCGAUGAAUAUGGAGCGCUUUGCUUUGCUUGCUUCCCUUUUCGUCCGCUCCCCCAACGAGGUCGAAAUCUGCGGCGAAUGCGACCGGGAGAACCGAUCCCAAGGUUUACUAAAGCCAAGUCAACAACCAGGUUCGAGCUGCCGGGGAAAUAUGGGCAAUGUACUUGCAAUGCCUGCACAUGUUUUCCAGACAGCUCAACAGAACCAUGUGGUUGUGGUUGCGGAGGAAACAUUCAGAUUAUGUGACGUGGAUCGUCUGUCUCAAGUUACCAGAAAACUGCACCGGUCCAUUGAGCAGCACCCCCACUCAAAGCAGGCAGACACGACGUGCUGUGUCUCAGCUGAAAGGAGAAGCCACGACAGUUAUCCAUCGUCUGAUGAUGGUGAUGUUCCAGAGUGGCACCUUCAUUUUUCCAACCGGGCCAAUCCCCUCCCCCUAACCGACAAGCGGCAGCUUCAUUAUCGAUCACAUAUGUAUAUGGAAACUGAGGGUCUUGAAUGUAUCUUACCUGACCAUAUGGCCCAACUAGAAGACAUUGUACGCCACCACACAGUGGCUGUUGGUCCUGGUUACGAGGAAGAGCUACUCCAACACCUCCCACACAGCACAGAUGCGUUGACCAGCCUUUUCAAUGAACUGGAAAUUCGGUUGACCAGUAUUAGUCCUGAAUGUGAAGAUUUUCCCAUCAGGUUGAAAACAUACACAGAAUUGCUCUGUUUGAUUAAAGGGCAGUUAUAUGACGAGAGUAGACCAUUUAGGGAAUUUAAGAUAGGCUACUUUGCACAGUUUGCAAAACACCCUAUAGAAAUUCUCGUGAAAAUUGCACUUCUUCUCAGCAAGAUGGAGUGGUCUGUCACUGAUAUUUGUCCAAUGAUGCUUGCAUAUGAGGCAGUUAUGGAUGUUGUUCCUCUUAUCCAAAAAUUAAUUCCCAGUGAAUCUGAUGAUCUCUUACCCGAGAUUAAAAGUAACAUCUGGGAGUCUUUCAGGAAAAUAGUUGGCAGUAUGGGGGAUCCUCAGGGUGGUGCCAUUCACUCAGUGACAUGUUCCCUGGUAGACUCAGUGAAGAUUAUCCAUAGUCACAAACAGUUAGUGCAAUCUUUUGCUCCUGAUGAUGACAGCCACUCGUUUGGAAAUCUUCUGUCUGGCGUGAUUGGAAGGUGGAUAUCUGCACUCGAGAAACAUCCGAUGUCAGAUAGUCGGCGGAAGAACAUUUUCAUGCUGAACAACAUGAGUCAUUUAAAGGGGAAGACAAAUGUUCUGUUAGAUGAUUUGCUGCCUCUGCAGCAUCUUGAUUUUCCUUAUCCUGAUUAUUUCAAAUUACUCACAGAUAUCUGGAUCCAGGGUUACCUGAUUAAUGGUGCAAGGUUUAUCAGGGGAAAAGGAAGCAGGCAAGUACUGUUUGUAUUCUGGUGGCCGUUUCUCCCGAGCUGGCCACCUCCCUGUUCCGCAGCCAUCCUCGUCUGCUGCGCUGGUAGUUGGCGGCGUCUCCAUGGAGGUGCCUCCAGGCAAGCCUGCUGCUCCGGCUCUGCCGGCCGCUUCUGCCGCGGGAUCGCAUGGUCUCGAAGCUUCGAUGAGGAUGAAGAUGUGGAGAUGGCGCUGCGGACGCCGCUGGCCUCGGCUGAUGCCCCUGCUCCCUGUGCAGACGAGCUGACCCACCGGCCGCAUUAUGUGUCGUGGGCUUCUGCUUCUUAUGAAGACGAUGACAGGGACGACAAUGAGGAGAUGGCCCCCAGACUCCGCCGGCUGCCAUCGACUCCCAAGUCCCAACUCCGCCGAGAGGUCCCCUUCGAUGCUCCCGCUAUUUGGAGAACGGUCAGCUUGCGCGUGAGCGCCGCAACCCCUGACGUCCACUCAGCUCGCUGGCAUGCCUUGUCGUGCCGUGCCUCGGCAUCGAGCAUCAUCAAGCGUCAGCUUCCCAUAAAGUUCUUCGUCUGUCGUGCCCCUAUGUCGACUACUGCCGAGGGCGAUACCAUCACCACGAUCGUCACCCCUGUGUUGCAGAUCAUGCCCGAGCUUCAACAGCAACCGGAGGCGUCUGAGUCCAUUGUGUCAGUGGUAUCUGUGGCUGAUGACGUUGAGGCGGUCGGUAUGUUAGCGCCUGAUCCUUUGGUGCCCAGUCUGCCGCUUGCCUUUGUGGACCGUGGAGAUUCUAACAUUGCGGUCACCGACUCGCACGUGGCCAUGAGGAAGAUGGUGUCUCUGCGUGACAAGGUCGAUGAGGUUCUCUUCUAG